AUGGCAGCACCACACCACCGCAAAAUUGAGCUCCAGUCUCCAGCAGACUUCACCUAUCUGUAUGCCAAUACAAUCGCGCUCGCGCGCCGCAAAUUGGACCUAAACCUGCCCCCUUCCGCAAUCGACAAUGAAACACCGGAUCCGAUGCGCGAACGCGUCAGGGAACUAGUCGACGACUAUAUCAACAAAACAUUCGAAACAGCCUCCUCCUCAAUCAGCAUCAACGGAAUCGACUCAACAUCAGAACAAUUCCCCUUCCCAGCAGCCCUAACCACCCCAACCGAAACAGUCGAGUAUGAAGCCUACGACACGGAGCUGGCGUCGCGCGUCACGGCCCUCUACGCACAACUUGAAUCGCUCACGACGGGCAUCGCGCAACAGAGACGGGACGCUCCUCGACGCGCGGCGAAGGAGUAUGCGGCACAAUUGAAGCAGUUGAUUAAGGAGGAGGUUGAGGAGGAAUAUGAUGGUGGAGAUAAGAAUGGCUCUGGAACGACAUCCGUUCCGGAGGAUGGUAUGGAUGUUGACUCUGCGCCAAAAGAGGGGGAUGUGGCGUCUCGGUUGAAGUUGGAGACUGCGCUUGGGACGGCGGAGGAACAGGAACGGUGGUCUAGUGGGGAUAUUGCAGCGGUGUAUGAGGAUGCUCUGCGGACGAUUUUGCGGUUGCAGGGUGAGGGAGGGGUUGGUGCUGAGGCCGGUGCGGAGGGUCAUGCUUUGGCUACGACGGUAGGGAAGGCUGAGAGGGCUGGGCGUGCUGCUGAAGUGGUGGAGAAUAUGUAA